AUGUAUAUUUCGCCAUCAUUUUCAACAAUAAACUGUCAAAUUUGUUCAAAACCUUCACAUGGAAAUCAUUUUGGAGCAAUUUCUUGUAGAGCAUGUUCUGCAUUUUUUCGAAGAGCUGUUUUGAAAAAUUAUUCGAUUUUGAGAUGCAAAAAUGGUGAUGGAAAAUGUAAAGGAGAUAUUUGUAAGAGAUGUAGAUUGGAAAAAUGUCUGAAAGCUGGAAUGAGUGAUAAAAGUGAGUUGACUUUGAUAAACAUGGAGUUUUUCAAAUGAAAAUUUCAGAGUUUCAACUCGAUCGAGAUUUGAUUUCGUCAACGCGUAAGAAUAUUCCACCAUCUAUGGAAUAUUUUCUUGGUCGACCUGUUUUUAUAAUAUUUUGUGAAACAGAUAUUCCAGAAUCCAACAGAAGUUUCAUUGAUUUCACGAAACUUAUCGAAAAAGCUACAAACUUAUUCAAAAAUCGAGGAAAUAAAUUAUAUGUUGGAAUGAACACAUUGAAUCAAUUAACUUAUGCAUUAAACCAAAAUCAUGGAGAAACAGAACCUGGAUUUUGUUGGGAAAUCAGGAAAAAUGACAUCCUCAAAUUCUGGGAAGCAAACUUCCUAAAAGUCGCUGAUUGGUUGACAUAUUGUGAUAAGUUUCAAGAACUUCCUUUGCAAAUGAGAAUUCAACUUUUGAAAUCGAUUUGGAUGGCAUGGAUAUGUUUACAAAGAAAUUCGCUGACUGCAAAUCGAAAAAGGCAAUCAGGUGUUGAGGAUAAAAUUUGUUAUUGGUCUGAUGAUUGUUUGAUUGAUUCGGAAAAUGUGGAACUAGAUAUUUCUUGGAUCACCAGAUAUAGUCGAGAACAGUUCGAAUAGUUAGUUUUCUUCAUUGCAAUUUAUAGAAUUUGUUUUCAGUUUCAUCAUGCCUUCGGGAAAUUUUCACAUGGAUUCGCUUAUUGAACCUUUGCUUGAUUUGCAACCAACAAAUCAAGAAUUGACGUAUAUGUUAACAAUUUUCACAUUUCGAUAUGCCGCAAAAAUGUUUUCAGGAGAAUUCGAGAAUUUGAAUGAAAAAAUAAUUGAGGUUCUAGCUGAUGAUUUGCACUCAUUUUAUUUGAACGAAAUGAAAAUGAAAAACUAUGCUGGAAGAAUGGCUAAAAUGAUGCAAAUUGUGAACGUUUUGGAACGCGAUUUUCACCAGAAAACUGAGAAAGUUCAAUUGGCUCGAAUUUUCAAUGUAAUUACUGUUGAUUUUUCACAUCCUGAAAUGAUAUUUGCGGCAAAAUAA